GUGGUGCUCGUCGUCGGUUGUUCCACGGUUGGUCCGUAAGCGAACAUGGUAACGAUAAUAUUAAAUCGAUACUGUUUUGAUACAUCAAAAAACGAAUAGUUCAGUUCCGUGGAGAACUUUCUGCCACUUCCCUAAAAAUGACCGACGCCAUUGAAGAGAUGUUUUCCGGCGAUUCUGAAGAGGACAUCGAAACGGUUAAGAACAUGAUCGAAAAAAUUAAACUCGAGAUUAUGGCAUACGGCGAAGAGGAGUACGAUUCGUACGAUCCGGAAAGUCAGCAGAAGGUAGAGUUCAACAUCCAGAUCAACCGGGUGACACUGAUUUUGCAGGAAAUGGCGGAAACGUUAGAAGUUUUGUUCUGCCUCCCGGUGAUCUGCAGAGACCAGAAGCUGAUGCAAAGAUACUUCAACGUUAGCGAGCAGGAUACUCUGCGGGUGCUGUGUAAAUAUAAUCGCUCGAAGGAUGACGGUAGCGCUGUGCCGACCGUUGUGAACAUGGAUGACUUUAACUUUCAUUCAACCAAAUUCAGUGAGUUGGUAGAAAUGGUCUCCAAUAAGGACCUUCACAAAGCUGUCGUUGGUCACGUCAAAAAUCUUCCUACGAUAUAUCGUAAAUUUUUGUCCAACAUGCGUGAGUUUCGCAAAUUUACUAUUACAAAAAUGAAAAUGACUGCCCAGAAAGAUUUGGCCAAGGAGAAAAUCCUGCACCGGAUGUGGCAAACGAACGAGCGUAAUAUUAAGGAGAUCGCUCGAAUCGAACGAGUACUGGAAGAGAAGAAAGGUUCUUUUCAGUUGGAAAUCGACGAGAAAACCGCCAUCAUUGAGAAAUACAAAGCGGAAAUCAAACAGUUGGAAGAGCGGAACAGGAAGCAAAUUAACGCAUACAUCAACAACUCCGAUGUGCAACUGUUUCACUAUUUCGAGAGCAGUGACAAGCGGUACGAGGAUCUAAUGCAAGAAGCUAAUCGCAAAACGUUACAAUACCAAAGUACUCUUGAGGAAGAUUUGCGUGAAGAGAAGGAGAAUCGACUGAAGAAAGCGAAGCUAACUCAGCAACUCAAACUGCUGCUCAACAGAUACGAUAAGGAUGCUGGCGAACGAACAAAGGAACUGAAAGCGCUGGCGGCCACAUUGCGCGAGGAUCAGGAUCAAUUUGACCACUGGAAGCGGACCGUUUUCGAUCCUCAGGAGAAAAAAUACUAUGAUGCCAUCGAGGAAAUGCGACUGGAUGAACUUCGAGCUCAACAGGAGCUAGUGAAUGCUUUCAUGCAGACACGGGCAGCCAAGAUACUUCAGCGUGCCUGGCGUGCUGUGGCGGAGAGGAAGCGCAAAAUGCGUGGUCGCCGCGGUGGACGACGUGGCAAGCGCAAAAAGAAAUAAAUUCAAUGAUAAUGUGAUUCCUUUAGUGAGCUCAGUCUCAAUGAGAGGGCUGGUCAGCGGGGGUAACCACCUAGGAGCCCAAAUCGUUUUUGGAGACCUAUAUUUCUACCUACAAAUAAAACUACAUGGAUGGAGGU